AUGAUUUCGUCUACCGAUACGCUCACCGCCUCUUCUGAUGCGCCGACCACUGCGGCCCAGCAAUCCACCCUCACGUCUUCGGCUGCAUCUAUUACGGUAUCCUCGGACGUACCGUCAGCCACGUCUUCGAGUGUAACGCCUACCACUUCUUCGAGCGUACCACCCACCACUUCUUCGAACGUACCACCUACCACUCAGCCCAAGCCUUCAAGCUCGACCUCGAGCGCUGCGGCUUCACAGCCGACGUCGCCUCAGGUUGACCAGCAGACCUACCUUGACUUACACAAUAACUUACGCAGCCAGGUUGGUAUGCCAGAUCUCCAGUGGUCAGAUGACCUCGCAGCGAAGGCGCAGAGUUACGCGGAACAGUGCCAAUUGAAGCACUCCGAUGGUGCUCUUGGUCCCGUCGGCGAGAACCUCGCGGCCGCAACCGGAUCAUUCGAUGCACUGCAAGCUGUAGAGUUGUUCGUUCAGGACCAAUUCGCAUUCAACCCCAUCCAGCUCAAUUUGAACCACUAUACGCAAGUCAUCUGGAGGUCUACGACGCAGUUGGGAUGUGGUAUGGCCACUUGCGGCAACAUCUUCCCCGGGGACGGUGAUGCCACAUAUCACGUUUGCUUGUAUGAUCCCGUCGGCAAUAUCGUUGGGGAGGAAACGUUAGUUCAUACUGUGUUUGUAUGCUAG